CAAAUAAAACUCUUUUCCUGACGUAGUUUUGAUAUCAGUAUUUUGAAGGCACAAACCGUGGCGUCCUAAUUAGAGGCAGAUUUUUGGAGCGGGGCGAGGAGUGGCUUCUUUGCUUCCCGAGCCAGGCGCAUUCAUCUUCCUCCCAGAUGGACGACUGAGCUGCAGCGAGCGUGAAGCAACAGCUGGAAAAGACAGCAACAAAGACGACGGGUGUGGAAGAUUUUAGGAGCGAUUUACUUUAUUUUAAAAAGCACGGACAUGUUUGUGGAUUGACUGAAUUCCCGUGUUUUUUGAGAAUGGAGACGUCGUGUUUGGACCUGGCUCUAGAGGGAGAGCGGCUGUGCAAAUCCGGAGAUUACAGAGCCGGAGUGUCGUUCUUUGAAUCUGCCAUUGAAGUUGGAACAGAGGACCUUCAGAUACUCAGUGCCAUUUACAGUCAGCUGGGCAACGCUUACUUUCACCUUCAGGAAUAUAACAAAGCUCUGGAAUAUCACCGCCAUGACCUCACCCUCACAAGGACAAUUGGAGAUGAACUCGGUGAAGCCAAAGCCAGCGGUAACCUUGGUAACACUCUAAAGCUUCUAGGGCGGUACGAUGAAGCAGUGGUCUGUUGCCAGCGACAUUUGGACAUUACCAGAGCCAUGUACGACAAGGUUGGUCAGGCCCGGGCGCUGUAUAAUUUUGGGAAUGUGUACCACGCCAAAGGCAAGAGCAUCUGCUGGAGUGGAGCAGAGCCCGGAGAGUUUCCAGAGGAGGCACGUGUGGCUCUGAGGAAGGCUGCACAGUACUACGAGGCAAAUUUAUCCAUGGUGAAGGAAUUGGGUGAUCGACCAGCCCAGGGUCGGACUUAUGGUAACCUAGGUAACACUUACUAUCUGUUAGGAGACUUCAAAUCAGCAGUAGCAGCACACGAAAAGCGAUUGCUCAUUGCGAAGGAGUUUGGAGACAAGUCUGCUGAGAGGAGGGCCCACUGUAAUCUUGGCAAUGCUCACAUAUUUCUCAACCAGUUUGAUGUGGCAGCUAGUCAUUACAAGAGGACACUUCAGUUGGCCAGACUUCUGAAGGACAGAGCUGUGGAGGCCCAAGCCUGUUACAGCCUGGGCAACACCUACACUCUGCUACACGACUAUGAGAGAGCCAUUGACUACCACCUCAAGCAUCUGGUUAUAGCACAGGACCUUAAUGACCGAGUGGGUGAAGGAAGAGCUUACUGGAGUCUAGGAAAUGCCCACACGGCCCUGGGGAAUCACGAACAAGCCAUGUAUUUUGCAGAGAAGCACUUGGAAAUUGCCAAAGAGACUGGAGACAAGAGCAGUGAGGUGACGGCUAGAAUGAACUUGUCUGACCUGAGACUAGUUGUGGGCCUCAAGUCAAAUUCCAAUAAUAGAUUAAACAUCUACCACAAUACUAAUACAAAUAGCUCUGCACUACCUCCACUUUACCCAGAUUACACUAACAUUCCAGGGGUGAAAAGUCCUGACAAAAGUAAAGACAACUUGGAAAAUUCAAACUCUUGUCAUACUCCUGAAAAAGCUUUAACUGAGGACUCAUCUGUACACUCGGAUGAGGAUGUGUUUUCAAAGCCUUCUAAAGCGAACACCAUUAAAGCAUCCACAAAACUGUUCCUCUUUCACCGGUUAAAAAGCAAAAAGCAGAAAAACAACAAAACUCCCGCUAAAGGUCACCCAGAAAUCAGGGCCGAGCACUCGCCUGAGACGGACACACCAGUCAUAACAACAAAGAGCUCACGGGAUACGAUUGGUGAGGAUGGCUUCUUUGACCUGCUGUACCGUUUCCAGGGCAGCAGAAUGGAUGACCAAAGGUGCACCCUGGAUGACCACAGCCCUCCCCCUGCCCAGUCCUCCCCCCUGUCCACCCCACCUAUAGCAGAAAAUAAAUCUAUUUUGGAUCGCGAAGCCCCCUCUCAGGAUCCUGGUCAUUUCCUGGAGCUGCUGGCCAGCUCGCAGGCCCGUCGUCUAGACGACCAGCGAGCCAGUCUGAGCCAUUUUCCUGGCUUACGUCUCAGCACCUCCAACCCGCUUCAUACACCGGACACCUCUGCAGAACCACCCCCAACACAAGUCCCCACCUCGAGUACAGAUCCCCCUCACACACACUCUCUCUACGACCAACUCGAGGCCAGUGCUGAUCAGCCGGAGGGUGACGAGGUCUUCUUUGACAUGCUAGUAAAGUGCCAGGGAUCUAGGCUGAAUGACCAGAGAUGUGCCGCUCCCUCCUCCUCAAACAAGGGCCCCACUGUACCAGAUGAGGACUUUUUCAGUCUGAUUAUGCGCUCUCAGUCCAACCGAAUGGAAGAACAACGUGUUAUGGCGCCCCCUGCUGUCACACAACCAAAACCAGACUGACUGAAUGGAGUGGCAUGUUGACCCCAUAUGGAUAAAGUAUGAAGAACACUACUCACUAUUUUUGGACCUAAAAUAACAGGAUGUACUGGACAAAAUGGAACAAUUUAUUGACUGUGCUACAAGAAAACAAUGACAGUUUUUCCUUUUGUUCAGUCCAGAGAUUUUUGAAUUUAUUUUUAUUUGUUUACAUAAUCUCCUCUGAGAAUGGAUAGCUUUUUGUAGCUGUGGUUGCAGUCUGCCUUCUCCGGAAAUCAGCCUCUCAGACUGUGGGUGGUACGUGAUGCGCACAGCCAUACAGUAAAACCCAGGACCAGGAGCCAAACCAAACCAAAGAUGUUUCUGUUUUAUAAUUAUAGUCACUUUAUACUUAAUACUCCACUGGAUCAUCCAAAUGGAGGAGUGACCCAAGCUACAUUUUGACUGGAAAUAUAUGACUCAUCUCAUGUUGACAGUCAGUGGGAAACUCUCCCUGUGAAACUGUCUGCCUAUGGACUUUUUAAACUGUUCAAUAUUCAGUUUAAUAGUAUUUGUAAAUGCCUUCAACAAUGAUGGGAUUUUUCUAUGUAAGAUUUUAAAGAACAACUAGUGUUUAAAAAGAGUUUAUUCUAGCUUUUAUAUUGAAUUACUUCUCCACAGUUUGGAGAAAUAAAACUCAUUUGUUUACAUUUCAUUUAUUUAAAUACAUACAGUGUUCUGAA